GCUGUGACAAUAAUAUAUCUACGGGAAGCGACUGUGCUAAUAUUAGCUAAUAAUGCUAUCUAAGCAUCUGAAAUUUGGCGUACCAUUUCUCGUUCUUAUGGUAGGAGGCUCAUAUUGGCUGAAAGGUUUCACAGGAAUUCGCUACCAAUUCAGACAAGUGCAAUCGCUGAAACCGGAGGAUUUGGAAGACGCCGGGAUUGAGAAAAAGUCGGUGACACUGGAAAGCGAGUUUGAGAAAGUGCAAAACCUCGACAUCGAUACGUGGGAGAACAAGCGUGGUCCACGGCCGUGGGAAGAACAGCAGCAGCAGCAGCAGCAGUAACAACAACAACAACAGCAGCAGUAGCAACAAACAGCAACACCAACAAGAACAAAAACAGCUGCAGCAGCAACAACAACAGCAGCAGCAGGAGCAACACACAGCAACAAACAACAACAACAACAGCAGCAGCAGCAACAACAAGAGCAGCAGCA